CCUCCCGCCUUUCCGUACAGAAACAUGGCGCCGUCCUACAUGGGGCAUACGCCUCUUGGUUUAAGAGGGGCCUCCCCCUUCCCGACGCUGAAGAGCGACUGCACUGGCCGCUACCCAUCCGAGCCCGGCGGGGAGGACAGCCCGCAGCGCGGCGUGGGAUGCGGCCUCUGAGGGGCAGAGACUGAACCUCCCUGCCCGCCGCGCAUCGCUCCCCGCCUCCGGCGCGGCGCCGGCCCAGCUCGAUUCGCCGCCCCAGCGACAGCAGGGAGAACGCCGACUCCGCGGCAGGAAAGUGCAUAAACUUAAUUGAGAAUGUCUGAAAACCUUGACAAGUCCAAUACAAAUGAAGCAGGAAAAUCAAAAUCAAAUGAUUCUGAACAAGGCCUUGAAGAUGCUGUGGAAGGUUCUGAUGAAGCUUUACAGAAAAAAGUAAAGAUGGGCUCUCCUAGCACCCAAAGAGUGCAAAGACCUCAUUCCAGUCCUCCUCGUUUUGUGACAGUAGAAGAGCUUCUAGAGGCAGCAAAAGGAGUCACUAACAUGGUUCUAGCUCAUGAAAUUGUAGUGAAUGGAGACUUCCAGAUUAAACCUGUCGAAUUGCCGGAAGACAGUUUGGAGAAGAAAGUAAAGGAGAUUGUACAUAAAGCUUUUUGGGAUUGCUUGAGUGUCCAGCUAAGUGAAGACCCCCCAACAUAUGACCAUGCCAUUAAACUUGUCGGGGAGAUCAAAGAGACUCUCUUAUCUUUCUUGCUGCCUGGUCACACUAGACUGAGAAACCAGAUUACAGAAGUCUUGGAUCUGGAUCUGAUAAAACAGGAGGCAGAGAAUGGGGCCCUUGACAUUUCCAAGCUGGCGGAAUUCAUUAUUGGCAUGAUGGGGACACUGUGUGCACCUGCUCGAGAUGAGGAAGUUAAGAAACUAAAGGACAUUAAGGAAAUAGUGCCCCUUUUCAGGGCAAUUUUUUCUGUGUUGGACUUAAUGAAAGUGGACAUGGCGAACUUUGCUGUCAGUAGCAUUAGGCCGCAUCUCAUGCAGCAGUCAGUUGAAUACGAAAGGAAGAAGUUUCAAGAGCUUUUGGAAAAGCAGCCAAAUUCCCUGGACUUUGUCACCCAGUGGUUGGAAGAAGCCGCAGAUGACCUUAUGAAUCAGAAGUAUAAAAAUGCCCUGCCCGCUGGGGGUGGGGCCACUGGCUCUGGGGACGGCCCCAUGCCAAAUCCUGUUGCUGUCCAGAAUUAUGCGUACUUGAAGCUUCUGAAAUGGGACCACCUCCAGAGACCUUUCCCUGAGACAGUUUUGAUGGAUCAACCUCGCUUCCAAGAGCUCCAGCUCCAGUUGGAGCAACUGACCGUCCUGGGAGCCGUACUGCUGGUCACAUACAGCAUGGCAGCCUCAGGAAUUUCCAGCCAGGCCAGCUUUGCUGAGAAACUCAAGAUGAUGGUGAAGAUCCUGCUAACAGAUAUGCAUCUGCCCUCCUUCCAUCUGAAGGAUGCCCUGACUGCCAUUGGGGAGAAAGUCUGCCUGGAGGUGAGCAGCUGCCUUUCCCUGUGUGGGUUCAGCCCCUUUACCACGGACAAGGAGACCGCGCUGAAGGGCCAGAUCCAGGCCGUGGCCAGUCCUGAUGACCCCAUCCGCAGGAUCAUGGAUUCCCGAAUCCUUACCUUCUUAGAAACCUACCUUGCCUCAGGUCAUCAGAAGCCAUUGCCCACAGUACCUGGGGGAUUGGGUCCAGUCCACAAAGAGCUGGAAGAAGUUGCUAUUAAAUUUGUUCGCCUGGUCAACUAUAACAAGAUGGUCUUCAGUCCCUACUAUGAUGCAAUCCUCAGUAAGAUCCUUGUUAGAUCCUAACACAUGUGCACCCUACACCAGCAGUAUUAUCUACUCCACUCAGAAUACCUGUUCUCAACUAUAAUGUUGCUUUGGAAAAUGGUUCUUUAGUAUGUUUCUAUUUAGUAGGAUUGAUUCUAAGGGAAGAAUAUUUAUUGUGUAUCACUGUUGAAAAGACUUGUUGAAAAUUCACUGAAUUUCAUUUUGAGAGUUUGUAUUUAUGAGUGCAAGUUUACAAAUCAAAGAAGCUUUUGUUAUCUUGAGUUUCAUUUGUAGCAUUCAGCUUUUGAAUGGUUGACUGAUGUGUAUUUCCAUCUCUAGUCUAUCAUGACUGUAGCUGCCUGUCCUUCUGUUAU